ACAUUUCUCCAAAUCCUAAGGAUUUCGGGGUUCUAUAACACUUAGUGAAAGUCAAAAUCGUAGAAGAAAUCCCCACCAGAUGCGGCAAUUUCAUUCAAGAAGACACCCUCCUAAAACACAACCGACGUGAAAAGGCCACCCCACUAACUUCUACAACACUUUUCCCACGCCUAACGCAAUAUUUCUGGAUUUUCUGUUUAAUACAUCGAUCUUUCCAAUACCAAAGACCAGAUCAAACUACAGAUCGGCCAAAGGGGAAAUGCCUUGUAGAAUUUGAGAUCUCUUGUUAAAGGUAUGUAACAGUUCUGGAAUGGAAAGGAACCUUUGUUCUUUAUUAGCUUCUUUUUAGUAUUGCCAUUUGCAAUUUUGUUGGGCUUAAUGAUAUCUGCAAUGGGCUUGGGUGGUUUGGCAAUGGAGUCGACCACGAGAAUGGUUUUAUCUGUUGUGGGUAUGGUUAUUUUAGGCUUUAUGAUGCUGGGGUUUUUUUCAAAUGCGGAAUCCGUAGAAAAAAGUUGCACCCACAACAGUUCCAUGGUAGGUUUUUCAGGGGAAUUUAAAAUGGUACAACAUCAGCUCAGGGGGUUGAUGACAGUUUUGGAUGAUUGCUCCUUCAGAGUGACCAAUUUUGAUAUGAUAGAAGGGAGUGAGGUGAUCUGGUGGGGCGCUCAUGGAGAUGAUUUUCAGAAUUUGACUGAGGGGUUUAUUGUAUCAGAGGAAAAGCUCAAUAGGACCUAUAAGAAUGAUUCUAUGGUGGUUAGAUUGAGUAAUUAUACGUUUGAUCAGUUUAGUGUUCUGGGUGUAUGGGAUGUUACAACUGCAUCUGAUUUUGGGCAUGUGCUGCUGGAAGUUGCCAAUGAUUCUGUUGGUGUUGACGACGGAUUUACUCUGGCACCGAGCCCUGCACCUGCUCCCUCAAAUGAAAACGGAUCUGAGUAUAGGAUUAAGAGGGGUGCCAAACAACCUGUCAUGUUUGACAGUUGCAUUGAGCUUGCAACGAAUUUUAGGCUGAGAUGGUCUUUAAACAGAGCUAGAGAUGUAAUUGAUAUUGGACUUGAAGCUGUUGUGAGCGAGCGGCAUUAUCUGGCAUUUGGGUGGGCACGGCCAAAAUCAUUGAGUAGGCCUAUGCUUCAUGCAGAUGUGGCAGUGACCGGAUUUACUGAUCAAGGUCACCCGUUUGCCGAUGAUUAUUAUAUUACAAAGUAUAGUGAAUGUGUAUUAAACAAGGAUGGUGGUCCUUCAGGAGUCUGUCCUGAUUAUGUUUAUGCAGAUUCUGAGGGAAACAGUGAGGUCAAUAAUACAAGACUUGUAUAUGGUCAAAGGCAAGAUGGUGUGUCUUUAAUUCGUUAUCAAAGGCCUCUUCAAAGUGCAGAUGCAGAAUUUGAUGUCUCAGUGAAUGCUACUGAUAAUAUGAGUGUGAUUUGGGCAUUGGGUUUAAUGAGGCCGCCGGAUAGUCUCCGCCCUUUGUACUUACCUCAGAAUCAUGGAGCUACGUAUGGUCAUACCACAUUCAGGGUUGCAGAUAUUGUAGACAAAUGUUUGGGACCAUUAGAGGCAGAAACCAAGGAUGACCGUGCUAUAAUUGUUGCCGAUGGGAAAUCAUCUCUUAUUGUUGGAGCAGAUAAUGCUGUCCACUAUCCUAAUCCACCGAAUCCAUUGAAGGUCUUGUACAUAAACAAGAAAGAGGCUCCCAGUUUGAAAGUUGAAAGGGGCGUGCCAGUGACAUUCUCAGUACAAGCUGGUCAUGAUGUUGCAUUUUAUAUAACUUCAGAUCCCAUCGGUGGGGCUGCAUCUGUAAAUAAAACUCAAAACGAUACCAUCUAUGCAGGUGGAGAAGAUGCUCAUGGGGUUCCAGCAAAUCCUUUUGAGCUAAAGUGGACUCCAGAUCGUAAAACACCCGAUCAAGUCUUCUAUCAAUCAUUCUAUGAAAAGAAAAUGGGUUGGAAGGUGCAAGUAGUUGAUGGCGGGCUUUCUGAUAUGUACAAUAGCAGUGUAUUUCUAGACGAUCAGCAAGUUUCUUUGUUUUGGACUUUAUCAGAAACUUCAAUAUCCCUUGCUGUUCGAGGAGAGCGUAAAAGUGGUUAUAUAGCAAUUGGUUUGGGUGCUGGGAUGGUGAAUAGUUUUGCAUAUGUGGGGUGGGUUGAUGGCACGGGAAAAGGGAAUAUGGGAACAUACUGGAUCGAUGGACGGGAAUCCUCAAAAAUACACCCUACUGAAGAAAAAAUAUCAGAUUUAAGAUGCAGAUCUGAGAAUGGGAUUAUUACCUUUGAAUUUACUCGUCCUUUGAAUCCACAAUGCAGUGGAAAAAAUUAUUGUAAGAAUAUUAUUGAUCCAUCUACACCAUUAAAAGUUGUGUGGGCCAUUGGUGCUCUUUGGUCCGAGGAACACUUAAGUGAAAGAAAUAUGCAUUCAGAAACCAGCACCCGGGCUGUCUUGGUGCAUUUGUUGAGGGGUGCAGCUGAGGCAGAUGAAGCACUUCGCCCUGUUUUAGCAGUUCAUGGAUUUAUGAUGUUUCUUGCUUGGGGAAUUCUGCUCCCUGGAGGAAUAUUAGCAGCAAGAUAUUUGAAGCAUGUGAAAGGAGAUGGCUGGUUUCAGAUCCAUGUGUAUUUACAGUAUUCUGGUAUAGCAGUGAUGCUACUUGGUGUACUUUUUGCUGCAGCUGAACUCAGGGGAUUCUACAUAAGAUCUCUGCAUGUGAAGUUUGGGGUGGCAGCCAUACUUUUUGCAUGUGCACAGCCAGUCAAUGCAUACUUACGCCCAAAGAAGCCAACUACAGAAGAAAUGCCUUCUUCGAAAAGGAUCCUUUGGGAGUAUUUGCACAUAGCUACCGGAAGAAGUGCAGUUGUAAUUGGAAUUGUAGCUCUCAUAAGUGGAAUGAGACAACUCGGAGAUAGAUAUGGUAUUGAGCAUGUGAAAGGACUUAACUGGGCGCUGAUUCUGUGGUUUCUUGUUGGUGCCAUGGCUGUGGUUUACUUGGAAUAUCGAGAGUCUAAAAGCAGGAAAAUUUUUAGAAGUGCAUCUAGAAGCAAUUGGGUUAUGGAGAACAAUGAAGAUGAUGAUUCUCUAGAUCUGUUGCAUUCUAAUAGGCCAUUCCCCACAGAGCAGAGUCAUCGUCCAUCGCAAGGAAUGGAAGUUCAGUUAGAACCCAUGCAUUAGGAAUGAAGUUGCUUCUGCUUCACACAUUUGUACAGGUCCAGUCAGUUAUGCCCACAUUGUUUGGCCCUUGAAGAAUUUGAAGCAGCUUAUGAACUAGCUUUCUUGCAUAUGGUAUGCCAUGGGGUAGUUCAUCUUUUUGGAAGAAUUGGAAUGUUAUAUUUUAAGCAUUUUAAAUUCUGGUGAAUUAUUGUCAAAUUGCUGAGAAAUGGAAAGCAAAUAUACCAGACAUUAUUAGAGUUCUUAACAGAUUUCAGAUGCAGUCUUUGACAUGUAACAAGGCAUUUUCACAGUCGAAGAGCGGAACUUACCAUAAGUAUUAACCAAAGAGCAGUAGAUGACUUAUUGUACGAGGAAACAGCUUGAAACUUCUGGGAAAUUUUGUGAUUUAAGAAUCAUAUGUUCCCUCCGUGGCCAUGAAAUACAAGACUAACAGAUUACAGGUACAAUCUUCAAGCUGCUUUUUUAUGAAGCCUUCUAGAUUAAAGGACCGCAGACCAUUAUUUUCACACUCUCAUGGGUGUGUGCAGGAAUAAAUGUCAUCUCCUUGUGGCUUAUGUGAUAAUUCAGUCUCAUGAGCUUUGAUUAUAACAUUCUAUGCUUAUUUCUUUCAUGUUAGCCCUAUUUUUGUAUUUAAACAAGGGAAAGCCUCCAAGGUUUUAUGUUUUUGCAUUCUCUUAGUUUUUCCAGUCUUUUAAAAGUAGAUGAGCCUUGAUGGCAAUCACAGCUGGAUAGCGUCUGUAUUGGCCUAUCCCUUAUGUGAACACAAAUAUUUACGGGUAUAGUUACACUGCUUUUACAGUUCUAUUCUUUUC